AUGGAGACAGCAGCCCCCCUUCUCUACAGACGUCUCGAUCCAAGCAUCUCCGAAAUUCGGCUCUUGGAGGUUCCCUCAGAUGGCUCCGAGGACUGGGGACUCAUCACAGUCUCGCUUGACAACAACCCGAAAUACUUUGCGCUCUCGUACGUCUGGGGCGAGAAGAAAAAUCUCGAGAAGAUUAUCCUCCAGGGUCAAGACGUAGAGGUCACUCCAAACCUGGCCUCUGCCUUGUCUCGCAUCCGGAGUGGGAACCUUGGAAGAAGUUCCACUCCCAUUAAAUAUCUAUGGGCAGAUGCCAUCUGCAUCAACCAGGAAGACAACGAGGAGCGUUCGAAACAAGUCCAGCUCAUGCACCACAUAUUCAUAUGCGCUGAAGCUGUCUACGCAUGGGUUGGCCAGAAAGAUUACUCGUUGGCGUUUCAAACCAUCAAGACACUCGCCGAUGAGGCGGCUCGGCAUUAUCCGAGUGGCCCCCUCCCUGACGACCGUGAUGAACAGGACAUAUAUGGUAUCUUCGAUAUGCCCCCAUUCAAGCUCGAGUGGCUUCAACGAUACCCCAGUCUUUGUGAUGAGACAUCGGACGCCGAGUUUCCCUUCAAAAAUGAUGCAUGGAACUCCGUCAUGGAUCUCUUUCUGGACCAAUACUGGAAGCGAGUAUGGAUCUACCAAGAAGUCGUGCUUGCUCGUCAACUCCGUCUAUUCAGCUUAGGUGGCACGACUCUAACUCGGCAAGACCUUUUUAUGUUUGCACAAAGUUAUACAGACCUUGAGCUCGAGUCCAAAGUUGAUAAGGGUGAGGUGCAAAGGCCGGAAUUUCUUUGCCAAACCGUCUGGGAUGGUCUUAUUCGGUUUCCGCCCCAUCAUGGGAUCGACGCAAUCCGUAAUGCCAGGUACAUCACAGCAAACAAUGAUGCCGUGAAAGCAAGGAGAGGAUCUUUGGCAAAAUCCCUUGUUUACCCCAGUUGGAAGGAAUCAAUCGCUGCGACACGGCUUGUCGCCACAGAUCCAAGGGACUACAUCUAUGGGCUUCUGGCAAUCUCUAAAAUCCCUAUGAAGCCAGACUACACCAAAAGCGUCACUGAAGUGUAUACCGAGUUCGUCGAGCGCUGGAUAGAGGCUUCCUUGGAAGCUAGGGGUAAGUCAAUCAUACUACUUGCACAGUCACCGAUCCUACCCCUUGGCUUCUUGUCGCUCGCGGGUGUUGGGUAUUUUGGAUCCUCGGACGACUUUCCAAGCUGGGCUCCGAAUUUCCCCCAGAAUGCUCUACAGAACUCAACAAGGAUCUUGCACCUUCCGGCUUUCCGGAGUCUAUUUCAAGAGGAUCCAAGCAGGUAUCCGCAUCUAGACAGAAACACUGGAAGCCUUGUCGUUGUGGGAGCUGAGAUCGAACCAGUUUCCCACGUUUUCGGUUUCGUCGGUCAAGAUACUCUUGCCGAGGAAACCUUUAAGAUUGGAAAAUAUUUUCGCUACUACUCAUCCCGGCAUCCACACUACAUCUCCGGCAUCACAUCUUGGCAAGCUAUUGCUCGCCUACUCUUCAAGAAGGUUUCAGCAACUGUAACAAGGGCCAUGGUCUGUACACUUCUUGCACUAGGUACCAUGGCAAGUACUUACGGGAAAGCUCACGAACCUGACAACUUGGGCGGCUGGGAUUCCUCAGACUCUUUCCUUUUUCCCAACGGUUGGGAGACCCAGCUUUACCGGCGGGCCUUCCCAGACACAGAUCUAACACAACUAGGGCUCAGUGAGAAUCCACUGGCAGAUAAAGAGUCUCAGGCAGAAGAAAUUAGUCAAUAUGCAGCGCUCAUGUGUGAGAGGAUGGUGGGUCGUUCAAUUUUUGAGACUAAGAGGGGAUACCUUGGACGAGGACCCCUAGAUGUACGGGAAGGCGACCUACUCUGCGUGCUCAAGGACUACGACCAGCCUGUGUUACUCCGCAAACUGGGAGAUCACUAUACCUUUGUGGGAACCGUGUUUGUUGUUGAUCUGGACCCGGAAAAGUCGAUACAGGAUAGCCCAUCCGGUCUGGAAUGGCUUAAGUUGCGAUAG